GCAGUUCUGCCUCGAGGCUAACGGGCCAGGAGGGAAGAGGUUCCGGUCAGCAGGCCCCGUGGGGUCCGCUCGGCUCGGCGACCUCCCCCACUGUCGAUCAGGCACCCGAGGGCGCCGCCGGGAAGGAGGGUGUGGCCACGCUACGCAAGGCGCCCGGGUGUCGCCGUGCGCUUCCGCCGCAUCCGCCGCGGUGCCUCGCCGCCGCGGGCUCUCGGUAGCGGUGCCGCGGCGUGGAGGCCAGGGCGGGAGGCCAGGGGAGGAGGCCGGGACCGCCAGCCCCGGAGAUGGACUCCGUGGUCUUUGAGGAUGUGGCUGUGAACUUCACCCAGGAGGAGUGGGCUCUGCUGGAUCCUUCCCAGAAGAAGCUCUACAGAGAUGUGAUGCAGGAAACCUUCCGGAACCUGGCCUCUGUGGGAGAUAUAUGUGAAGACCGGAAGAUCAAAGAUGAGUACAAAAUCCAGAGGAGAAAUCUAAGAAGUCAUAUGGUACAGAGACUCUGUGAUAGUAAAGGUGAUCAGUCUGGAGAAACCCUCAACCAGAUUCCAAGUGUCAGUGUGACCAAGAAAACUUCUGGAGCAAAACCAUAUGAAUGUAGUGUGUGUGGAAAAGUCUUCAUGCUUCAUUCAUCCCUUACGAGGCACAUCCGCUCUCACCCUGGACAGGAAUUCUAUGGCUGUAAGUAUGGAGAUAAGCCUUACAAAUGUAAGGAGUGUGGGAACACCUUCAGUUAUCUCAAAUCCUUUCAAAGACAUGAAAGGACCCACACUGGAGAAAACCCCUAUAAGUGUAAACAGUGUGGGAAAACCUUUAUAUAUCACCAGCCCUUUCAGACACAUGAACGGACACAUUUUGGAGAGAAACCCUAUCAGUGUAAGCACUGUGGUAAAGCUCUCAGAUCUCCUAGUUCUCUUCGGAUUCAUGAAAGGAUUCACACUGGGGAGAAGCCCUAUGAAUGUAAGAAGUGUGGGAAAGCCUUCAGUUGUCCCAGUUCUAUUCAAAUACAUGAAAGAACUCACACUGGAGAGAAACCCUAUAAAUGUAAGGAAUGUGGGAAAGCCUUCAUUUCCCGAACAACUGUUCAAACACACAUGAUAACGCACAAUGGAAAUAGACCUUACAAAUGUAAGGAAUGCGGGAAGGCAUUCAUUCGUCCCAGUUUUUUAAGAGUGCAUGAAAGAAUCCACACUGGUGAGAAACCCUACAAAUGUAAACAAUGUGGGAAAGCUUUCAGGUGUUCCACGUCUGUUCAAAUUCAUGAAAGAACUCACACUGGAGAAAAACCCUACAAGUGUAAGGAAUGUGGGAAAGCCUUCAGUGCCCGCCCAGCCUUUCGUGUUCACACAAGGGUGCACACUGGUGAGAAACCCUAUGAAUGUAAGGAAUGUGGGAAAGCCUUCAGUCGCCUCAGUUACUGUCGGAUACAUGAAAGGACCCACACUGGAGAGAAGCCCUAUGAAUGUAAAACGUGUGGGAAGACCUUCAAUUAUCCUCUGGAUUUGCAAAUACAUGAACGAAAUCACACUGGAGAGAAACCCUACGAAUGUAAGGAAUGUGCAAAAGCUUUCAUUUCUCUGGAAAACUUUCGAAGACACAUGAUAACGCACACUGGAGACGGACCUUACAAGUGCAGGGACUGUGGGAAGGCAUUCAUUUUUCUCAGUGCAUUUCGAACGCAUGAGAGAACCCACACUGGAGAGAAACCUUAUGAGUGCAAGCAGUGUGGGAAAGCCUUCAGUUGUUCCAGUUAUGUUCAGAUUCACGAGCGCACACACACCGGAGAGAGACCCUACGAGUGCAAGCAGUGUGGGAAAGCCUUCAUUUACCCCACAAGCUUUCAGGGACACAUGCGGAUGCACACUGGCGAGAAACCCUACAAGUGUGAGGAAUGUGGGAAAGCCUUUAGUCUUCGCAGUUCCUUUCAAAGACAUGAAAGAACUCACAGUGGAGAGAAGCUUUUUGCAUGUAAGCAUUGUGGGAAAGCCUUCACUCUGUCCACGUCCUUAAACAAACAUGUGAGGGUGCACAGGAGAUAGAAGCCCAGUGGAAGUGACAGUGGAUCUGCAGUUCCAGCAGAUACCUUUCAGCCAUGAAAAUUCCCACUGGGAACAGUCCUGUGAAUGAAAGUGAUCUAGGAAGCUAGAUCAAGGCCAUUCGUGGUGACGGGUUGGAAGAUUCAAAAUGUGAACAAAACAAUGAGUCAAAAUAUUUUUUAGGGCUGGGGUCGUGGUUCGGUGGUAGAGCCCUUGCCUAGCACAUGCGAGGCCUUGGGUUUGAUCCUCAGCACCACAUAAAAAAAAUAAUAAUAAGUAAAUAAAUAAUAUAAAGGUAUUGUGUCCAUCUACAGCCAAAAAAAAAAAAAAAUUAAAAAAAAUUUAUAACCAGGUGUGGUGGCACACACCUGUAAUCUUGGUCUGCCUGAGUCAGCAUAAUAAAGAAGUCCUCUCUGCUUUAACCUUUACAAAUGAGUCCUCUGAUGCUAACUGAUUACUUGUUUGUUUUCCUACUGUCGUUUUCUUGUUUUUACCUUACAAAAUUCACUGGGCUGGGCUGGGUUUGUAGCUCAAUGGUAGAGCACUUGCCUAGCACAGAUGAAGCACUGGGUUUGAUCCUCAGCACCUCAUAAAAAUCAAUAAAUAAAAUAAAGGUAUGCUGUCCAUCUACAACUAAAAAUAUUUAUAUUUUUAAAUUAAUGGUCUGCCACUACUGCCUGGCAAUAAAAGGCAAUUCCAUUUACAAUGUGUUGUAACUCGUGCGUGCGUGUGGUGCUGCAGAUCCAGCCCGGGGCCUCGGGCAUGCUGGGCGAGGGCCGUACUCCUGAGCUGCAACCGCUCUUGGCUUUGCCUUUGACAACAGGAAGUAGCUACUCGGUCUUUGUCUCAGGUUCCUGGCACAGAGUUCCCAGGGGUAUUGGAAGCACCUUUGUUAUUCAUGACAAGUUCAAGGUUGAGGCUGGGGACAUAGUUCAGUGGUCAAGCUGCCCCUGGGUUCAGUCCUCAGUACCAAGGAAGUAAAGGGAGCAGACACAGGGACACAGACUGACACACAAAGAGCACCCCAUGAAGAUGAAGGCAGAGGCCGCUUCACACUGCUGCAAGCCAAGGAAAACCACAGUUUGCCAGAAAACCACCUAUGCGAGGUGAAAGGUCUGGAAGGGAUUCUCCCGACAGGUCCCGAGAGGGAACCAACCCUCCCACAUCCCGAGCUUGGACUUCUAGACUCCAGAGAGGUUAGGACAAUAAAUUCCUACUGUUCAAAAGCUACACAGAGCUGAGCACAGUGGGGGUGUACACCUGUAAUCCCAGCAAUCAAGAAGCUAGGGCAGGAAGGACUGCAAGUUUGAAGCCAGCCUCAGGAACUUGGCGAGGCUGGAAGCAAUGUGGUGAGACCCUGUCUUUAAAAGAAAGAAAAAGUCUGGGAUGUGGUUCAGUGGUAAGUGCCUGUGGGUUCAAUCCCCAGCACCAGAGAAACAGACAAAGCCCAAAGAUCCCAAGAGCCUGGAGCAGUGGCCCAGUGCCUGGGGAGGCUGAGGCAGGAGAACAAGAUGGAGGCCAAGCACGACCCUUUCUCACGGUGAGAAGGAAGCCAGGGGUAGAGAACACCUCGUAUACGCAGCAGCUCAGGAGCAAAGCC